AUGGGGAAGAUGGAGCACACUCUCUCAGAGCUACUAAAUAUGUGUGUGAUUACUAAAAAGACCUUCAAGAAGGAAGGAGGAUAUGGAACAAUAGCUGUUUUUAAGAAGGGAUCAACUUCUGCUGCUAAGCCUAAUCAGAAAGGUAAAGGUAAAUUUAAGGCCAACAAGAAGAAGAAGGGGAACCCUGCUCUCAAACCCAAGGGAGGCGUCGAGAAGAAGUAG